AUGGUUGCUCAAGAAUUCCUAUCACAAUUAGACAAGCUACACUUCGUUGACUCGGCGAAUUUGCACGAUUUCGCUGAUCGGUGUGCCUACCUCCUCUCCUUCAUUAUUCUCCUAAUGUGCUUCACCAUCGUUACACUCAAAUCCUACGUCUUUGAGCCCUUCUCCUGCUACACGGCCACAACCUUCUCUGGAUCUAAUAUGAUUGCCUACAUCAAUGCAUUCUGCUGGGUCAAUGGAACCGUCCCGGCUGAUGUUAACACCAACCGGUUGGAGGAUCCUGUGUACUGGGACUAUCUCGAAAGCAGGAAAUUGAACUACUACCAAUGGGUCUCUCUGGUUCUGGCACUGCAAGCAAUCUUGUGCUAUUUCCCUUCACUAAUAUGGGAGGGCCUGACAUUCAAUCGCGUUGGAACAAACAUCAAUUUCUACAUCGAAUUCGCUCAAGGCGCAGCCAAAGAGACUGGCAUUAACCGGAAAAACAGGAUUCAAUUUCUCGCCUCCGCUUUGGACACUCUAUUAUUUGCUAGGCGUCCACUUGAUCAUCAGCCUCAUAGGUCUGUAUGUUGUCGCUUAGCCGAUUUCUUGGGUGACUUACUUCCGCGCAAGCGUAUGGGCCGCGCGCUGUGUGCCUAUUAUCUCGUGGUCAAGUUUCUCUAUUUCGCCAACGCUGUUUUUCAGGUCGUAAUCAUGGAACGCUUUCUGGGUAUGCCAGAUAGCCAUAAGUUAUUUGGAGUUCAGAUUCUUCUGGACUUGUGGCAUGGCCGCUACUGGCAGGAGACACUGAUAUUUCCCCGUGUUGGCUAUUGUCGUGUUCCCAUUAAACUGGUGGGAAGAACUAUGCCUACACUGAUUGCCCAGUGUACCAUGCCGGUAAAUAUGCUCAGUGAGAAGAUCUACAUUUUCCUUUGGUUCUGGUUCGUUGGGGUGGCUACACUCCAGGCGACCAGCAUAGUAACUUGGACUCUCCGUCUCUCUCUACGGCAACGACGCGUGAAGGCGUUGAUUCACUACCUGAAAGUAGCGGAGGCCUACGAUCAGGGCAUGCGAGAAACGCUAAAACGCUUUGAGUCUACUUGUCUCCGCCCGGAUGGCACUUUUUUACUCUAUAUGAUGCGACUAAAUGCCGGCGACAUCAUUACAAAUGAACUUCUUCAAGCUCUUUUUGAGCGCUACAUCCGACAUGAAAAACUAGCUGCUGCUACACUGAUUAAGGAGGGUGGAUCUGCAUUAGUUACCAGUCCAAGCGCGUCAAUGGAUGCGAAGGGCGAUGAGGGUUCGGUGUUAAAGCAGCGAUUUGUUUGA